CGAUUAUACGCCACUGACAAGCUACUCGACAUGCCUGGCAUCAUAAUAGAAGGAUGGAGGCCGAGGGCGGGACCUGCCCAAUGCCACAGAUACCAGGCAUUCGGAUACAGCUCCGAAAAUUGCCACCGCUCACAACGUUGCGUAAGAUGCGCCGGUAACCACUACACAACAGACUGACCACGCGAGCUUACGGACCUACCUACGUGUGCAAACUGCAAAAAAGGGCACACAGCCAACAAUAGAAACUGCAGAGUGUUUUGUCAAAUUGCACGUCGCCGGAACGAGAAAAUCAACCCACCGAUACCGGAAGGCGGAGCUUACAACUGCCCCGCCCGCCCCCACGACCAAUGCAGCCCAUCGAGCACCAAGCACCGAUGUUCCAGAGCCUAGAAACGAACCUACCUUAACCGUCCCCGCAAACCCGCCCACUGCCCGGGGCGCUAACCUACCCAAAAGAAGACGUCGCCGCAGGAAACGCAAAAUCGACCGUCAACCUGCGACGACAGCCCAGAAGAGCUCUCUUCAACAGCCCAGCCCCAUAAGACAACUUGGAAGCCCCAAGCUAACAAGACCAACAAGACCGCCUCCCCCUCCGCCCAAUACAUCGGAAGGAAGAAAAAGCCGAGACGAGGCCACACAAACAGUCUCAGAGGCCCAAGCCCAACAAGAAGACGGACAACCAAAAAUAAAUUACGCCACGAUCGAAGCAAUGACAGAAAUGCUCCGUGGUGUAAUAACCGAAGUCCAUAUGGGAGCCGACCCCAUACAAAUCCUAACCAGAGUAAUAGCCUGGUUGAUAAAAGGAGUAAACAUAAAUAGAACCCAAGAUGGGGCCAUCGAUUUUAAUGUGUCACCCUUUAACUUUGUUUGUCCACAGGCCUACGAGUAUGCAUUGGAGACAACAUCCACCGCCCUCACCCAAAACUAGUGGGUAGUUUUGGGUGAGCCUAAUUACCCACCUACCCUCACCCAAAUCUCUGCCCUCUCCCAAAUUACAUAAUUCGCGGCCUGCUCGCUGGCGCUAGCUGGGCCUCCCCUGAAAAGGGGUCUCACCUGGCAUGGCCGACCGCGCUGAGGGCCGCGUAGUAAAUCCUAAUUGGAGAGGACAGCGAAGAAGAGAAAAAAUCGUCAACAACGACUGCCACUGUCUAGCGGCACCCAACCCCGCGGAGGCGCACCCCCGCGAGAUGCAGCCCGGGACUCGGUUUCUGCUGGAAAAUCGUCAAAUAACUCACACUAGAGAUAUCUCAGUUGCAAUACAAUAUAAAAAUAAAAUGGUGGAUCCACAGAGAGUAGUAAGCUAUGAGGAUAUGCUAAAAGUAAUUCAUCAGCCUGAGAAAGUGAUCAUUGAUGUUCGAAAUCCUGAUGAAGUGAAUGCCACUGGGAAGAUACCAUCAAGCAUAAACAUUCCAUUAAAUACUGUCCAAGAUGCAUUAACAUCAAUGUCUGAUGAUGAUUUUAAGAAGCACUUUCAAAGAACAAAGCCAUCUUCAUCUGAUGAACUUAUAUUUUACUGUCAAUCUGGCCGCCGAUCCUCAGAAGCUUUGGACAAGGCUUUAAAACUCGGCUACUCUAAGUCUAAAACAUAUCUUGGAAGUUGGAAUGACUGGUCAAGUAGACAGAAGUGA